AUGGAAGGUUUUAUGUCUUCCGAUCUGACGCCGUUUUGGCCAUCAACACCAUCACCUCCACCAGCAUCUCCACAAUCUUCCUCUGCUUCAAAUACAAUCGACCCUUCAAAGAAACCCUUCAACAGCGCCUUCAAACUCUGGGGUGACGGGUACUACGAAGGCGAAGAAGACAAGGGCAAGCGCAACACGGUGUCGUCUGCUGAACAAGAGCACCGGAAAGAGGUCCUCCGUCAGCUCAAUUCUCUUAUUUCCGGCCAACAAGCACCGACUGAUGAAGCCGUCGAUGAAGAAUCUUUCGUUAACGGAUGUGGACUUCCCGGCCAAGCCUUUUUCAGUUCGUCGCCGGUUUGGCUUGCCGGCGCAGACAGACUCGCCGACUCGCACUGUGAGCGAGCCCGGCAAGCCCAAGUGUUUGGAUUUCAGACUUUGGUUUGUAUACCGUUCUCAGAUGGCGUGGUGGAGCUGGGUUCAACAAAAUUGAUAUUUCAGGUCUCGGAUCUCAUGAAUAAGGUUAGGGUUUUGUUGAAUUUUAACAGUACAGAAAUGGGAUCGGGAUCGGAAUCGGAAUCGGAAUCGGAAUCGUGGUCUAUGCCAACGGAGCACGGCGAGAAUGAUCCGUCGGCGCGUUGGCUGACCGAUCCUUCGUCGUCGGCCAAGGAUUCUGUUAAUACCGCUCCGGGAAAUUCAAUUUCUUCGCUUAGUCACCUUGUACAAAAAAAAAAUGUUGGGAAAGAAGAUGGGUUCAGUGAAGAAACUAGCAAAGAAGGUGAUGUUCGACCGCGAGUCCUCGCAAUACGAGUGUUUGCCACGGGAGAGAGAAUUGCAAUUGCCUUCCGCGGCCCCAACUGGGUUUUUCUCCCUAGCUAUGUUGGAGAGGAGAGACGACAAUUCGUGGUGCCAACCAGGUACCGCUUUCAUCCUCUAUUAAAAAUAAUGUUAGAGAGGCCCUACGACGAGUUCGGGUUUGAGCAAAGUAAUGGGCUAGUGGUUCCAUUUAGUGUUACUGCUUUCCAAGAGGUGGUAAAUGCUGUGGAGUGCUGCAAUGGAAGGUUUGCUUUUGGAAAUUUAGUUGAUGAGUUUAUUUAG